GGCGGCGUGACCGCCCCUCGCCCCUCAGAGCCGCCCUCCCUGGGGUGGGUGGUUUUUAAGUGAAUCAGACAAAUUGGCAGAGCCUGGUGCCCGCGCCAUACCACCGCCUCACCCUGGCUCCUGGCGCCAUCACUUUGCCUCCUCAGCCGCCCUGAGGGUUCAUUUUUGCAUUUCUCUUUCCCUUUCACACUGCUUUCCUGGGGCACCAGGUCCCAGGUCUGACUCUGGCGCAGAGGUGCCGGUGGAUGGGGCCAGCCCCACGUCUAUGAGGCCGCUCCAUAGCUUUGACGAAGUGUAUUACGGGCAGUACAUCUCCUUUUACAUGAAGCGGGUCUUCUUUUUGGAUGGCAGCGGACCCCCGUUCGGCCACAUGCUGCUGGCCUUGGGAGGUUAUUUAGGCGGAUUUGAUGGUAACUUCCUGUGGAACAGGAUUGGAGCAGAGUACAGCCCUAAUGUGCCAGUGUGGUCCCUGCGCCUGCUGCCCGCCCUGGCCGGGGCGCUGUCCGUACCCCUGGCCUACCAGAUCAUAUGGGAGCUGCGCUUCUCCCACUGCGCCGCCACGGGAGCGGCCCUGCUGCUGCUGAUAGAGAACUCGCUGAUCACUCAGUCGCGGCUGAUGCUCCUGGAGUCGGUGCUCAUCUUCUUUGACCUCCUGGCAGUGCUGUCCUUCCUCAAGUUCUCCCGCUCCCAGAGACACAGGCCCUUCUCUCUGAGCUGGUGGUUUUGGCUGACGCUGACUGGGGUGGCCUGCUCCUGCGCCGUGGGCGUGAAAUACGUGGGCAUCUUCACAUACCUGCUCGUGCUAAGCGCUGCUGCCGUGCAGGCCUGGCGCCUCAUAGGGGACCGGACCUUGUCCAACGUAGGUGCUGCCCAUGGGUGUUGCACUUGGGGGGACCUUCCGGUGUGGGAGCUGCAGCACCCCUGCUCCCCGCAGGUGCGUGUGCUCUGCCACCUGCUGGCCAGAGUGGGGGCCCUGCUGGUCAUCCCGGUGGCCAUGUACCUGCUUUUCUUCUACGUCCACCUGAGGCUGCUCUACCGCUCUGGGCCGCACGACCAGAUCAUGUCCAGUGCCUUCCAGGCCAGCUUGGAGGGAGGCCUCGCCCGGAUCACGCAAGGCCAGCCCCUGGAGGUGGCCUACGGGUCCCAGGUCACUCUGAGGAGCGCCUUCGGGAAGCCGGUGCCCUGCUGGCUGCACUCCCACCAGAGCACCUACCCCAUGAUAUACGAGAGCGGCCGAGGCAGCUCCCACCAGCAGCAGGUGACCUGCUACCCCUUCAAGGACGUCAACAACUGGUGGAUGGUGAAGGAGCCAGGGAGGCACCAGCUGGUGGUGAGCAACCCCCCGAAGCCUGUGCGGCACGGCGACAUCGUGCAGCUGGUCCACGGCAUGACCACCCGUGUCCUCAACACGCACGACGUGGCGGCCCCCCUGACCCCUCACUCACAGGAGGUGUCCUGCUACAUCGACUAUAACAUCUCCAUGCCUGCGCAGAGCCUCUGGAGGCUGGACAUCGUGAACAGGGAGUCGGACACGGAGAUCUGGAAGACCAUCCUGUCGGAGGUGCGCCUGGUGCACGUGAACACGUCUGCUGUCCUGAAGCUGAGUGGGGCGCAUCUCCCGGAAUGGGGCUUUCGACAGCUGGAGGUGGUGGGGGAGAAGCUGUCGCGGGGUCACCACGAGAGCAUGGUGUGGAACGUGGAGGAGCACCGCUACGGCCAGAGCCAGGAGCAGAAGGAGAGGGAGCUGGAGCUGCACUCCCCGACGCAGGCGGACGUCAGCCGCAACCUGAGCUUCAUGGCCCGGUUCUCAGAGCUGCAGUGGAGGAUGCUGACGGUGAGAAGCGAUGAGUCGGAGCACAAGUACAGCUCCACGCCGCUGGACUGGGUCACCCUGGACACCAACAUCGCUUACUGGCUGCACCCCAGGACCAGCGCGCAGAUCCACCUGCUGGGGAACGUCGUGAUCUGGGCGUCGGCCGGCCUGGCCACGGUGGCCUACGCGCUGCUCUUCCUCUGGUACCUGCUCAGACGCCGCAGGGGCAUCCACGACCUGCCCGAGGAUGCCUGGCUGCGCUGGGUGCUGGCUGGGACCAUGUGUGCAGGGGGCUGGGCCGUCAACUACCUGCCCUUCUUCAUGAUGGAGAAGACACUCUUCCUUUACCACUACCUGCCAGCACUCACCUUCCAGAUCCUCCUCCUGCCCGCGCUGCUGCAGCACAUCAGUGAGCACCUGUGCAGGUCCCAGCUCCAGAGGAGCCUCUUCCACGCCCUGGUCGUUGCCUGGUUCUCCGCCGCCUGCCAGGUCUUCAACACGCUGCGCCCGCUGACCUACGGGGACAAGUCACUGUCACCCGGGGAGCUCAAGGCCCUGCGCUGGCGAGAGAGCUGGGACAUCCUGAUCCGAAAAUACUAGCAGGACGCGGACACAGCGAGGAACCCCUGGGCUGGACAAGGCGGCAUCUCGGUCCUGCGUGCCUCAACGGGGGGCCGGCUGGGCUGGUGCCAGCUCCCCUCCUGAGGGGCCUUGCUUUGAGCAGUUUCCUUCUUCCUGGCAAUAAUGAAGACGCCCUUUGGGUCGUCGCUUCUGAGGCCCUGGGCCAAGACACGUUGUGUGCGUGUGGCCUAGCAUCAGACUCGCAGCAAAGGCAGGGAGGUGGGGUCAGCACCCCUGGCCCUGCUGAGCUGGGCUGUCCCCAGUGGCCCUCGAGGAAACACCCUGGACACAGCUGCUCAGGUCCAGCAGCUCUUGAGCAACAGGCCUGCGGUCAGAGCUCAGUCCCCGUCGUGAGGAUUGGCUUGUCCUGCCACGGGGCCCGUGACCCCUGCCAGGGCCUUCUGCUGACACGUGGGCGCAGCCUCUUGGACUGCCUGGCCUGCCGCGUGGAGUCCUUGUACUGCGUUGGCCUUUUCAUAAAUACAAUUAAAACAGGGACAAUUUGACAUUUGUUUUUGC